AUGCGCCGAGCAGCGCACAGACAGAUGGAAGAAGAUCCAGACAUCGACGACUGCUUCGCAUACUUCAGGCGGAAGGACUCGUUGGUAGACGUGCAGUGGGUCAAGGAGCAGAUUUACCGAACGUCGUGUGUCCCGGAGAAAUUCCCAGCGACAAGGUCUCUCGUUGAAAUUUUCCUGGGGCUGGAUAGACCCUGCGAAGAGACUGUGGUCAAGAAUGAAGUGGGAUUUCGUUUCGAUUAA